AUGUCUUUACUGAAUUCUACCAUAAGACCGUUGUUCGUUCGAGGAAUUUGCACUACAAAGGCUUUGUGCGAGCCACGGUCUUUGAUCAAAAUGAAAAAACUACAGGCAGAGUUUCAGUGUGAAGAUGGUAGACCGAUAUGGCUGAAGGCUGGUUUCUGUGAUCGCAUACUGUACGCUACCACUAUAAUCUUGUGCUACACUGGAGUCCUGAUGGUACUAGGGACUAUCUACGACCACGCCAAACCACCUUCGUGGAAAAACAAACCGUGUUGA